CAGCAAUGUCGUAGCCUAUCUUUCACGAACUUCUUAUACAUUCACUUUCACGCCUGCGUCAUACAACACUUUCCUUCAUAUAUUCCUGCAUCCUGCGUUUUCCUGGCUGCCAUCCUUCCCCAUAAACUAGUGUCUGUGACCAACCAAUUUCUGUCUUACCUCCGGUUCAACCUGAGGAACUGUCCACGAAUAGGAGCACCGACCCUAAGGCUGGUUGCUGCGCAUUCGCCAAAAUGCUGAAGAUAUGGUCUAUGAAGCAGAAACAGCAGCAGGAUGAAGCUGCGGCGACCGGAGGUGCGAAGAAGAAGAAGGUCACGGCUGCUCAGCUACGAGUACAGAAAGAUCUCUCCGAACUCUCACUUGGCUCGACGAUGAAGACACACUUCGCAAAUCCCGACGAUAUUCUCAACUUUGCACUCACGAUAGAACCGGAUGAGGGCAUGUACAAAGGCGGCCGCUUCGUCUUCGAUUUCAAGAUCAACCAGAACUUCCCGCAUGACCCGCCCAAGGUCAAGUGCACGCAGAAGAUCUACCACCCGAAUAUUGAUCUCGAAGGGAAUGUGUGCCUGAAUAUUCUGCGCGAGGAUUGGAAGCCGGUGCUGAAUCUUAAUGCGGUGAUUGUAGGGUUGCAGUUCCUCUUCCUUGAACCAAACGCAGCAGAUCCGCUAAAUAAGGAGGCAGCUGAGGAUCUGAAGGCAAACCGCGAAGGCUUUAAGCGCAACGUGCGGGCGUCUCUAGGUGGGGGCACCGUCAAGGGCCAGAGCUUCGACAGGGUGCUAAAAUGAGCAAGAGGAUGGUGCGCAUGAUGUCCAACCAUUCUUGAGCAAGCAUUUUCGUUUUGGCGUCCUUUGGAGCGAAGGCGCAGGCAUACACAGGGUCAUUGCUUCGAGUUCCUCAGCUUCACAAUCGAUUGGAAUGGUACCUGCAUGAGAGAUGACGAUGGAAGACGGGGCGGUUUUUGGGUAGAGCAGGAAGGACUUAGAUGAGUGGACGAGCGAUCGUUACUGCACUCAAUACGGAGGGAUGUAGAAACGCUUUUUUCAUUUACCAGACUAGUUAGCUUAGAUUCCAUAUGGGCUUUUCGGAGAG